AAAAUGAGAAGAUAAGGUUGAUUGAUGAACGUGAGAGCUUGAAGAACAAGAUGAUGAGGAGCAAGGAAGGUGUUCAUAAAACUUUGAUCAGGACUGAAAAUUGGGGAUUGAUGUUGAUUUGUGUGAUUUUGUCUAUUAUUUGUAGUUUGAUUAUGGUGAAGUUAUGUGUUUCGUGAGGAGAGAAACAAUUUGGGGGAAAAUUCUGAGCAUAUAAUGUGAAUUGGAGGGAAAAGGUGAAAAAAAAAGAGGGAGGAUGAUUUUUUUAAGCCAUGUGAUAGUCACGUGACUGGUCAACACCGGAGUAAAAAAGUCAAACACCGGAAUCCGGCGGCGUCAAGGUCCCUCUAGACAACACAACAAAUUUAUAAGGUCCUUUUAGACCACUUUGAACAUAUAAGAUCCUUCCAGACAAAAGAGUGAAGAUAUAAGUCUCUUCCAGACAAAUUUUCCUAUUAUUUAAAUUAAUAGGUUGCAAAAAAAGAAGUGUAAUAACACACACUUCCUCCGUUUCUAUUUAGUUGACGCGUUUGAUUUAGACACAUAUAUUAGAGAGAUGAGAGAUAGGCUAAGUAAUUCUGGAAUAGAUAAAGUGAUAAACCGAAAACCACCUCCAAAGUUCAAACGUAAGAUGUUACACAAAAAAGAAAAAAAAAAAAAAAAGAAAUCUUAAGGUAAGACUUAUUUGAAAAGCUACUCCAAAUUUUGGGUUUGACUUAGUAUUUAUUGAACAUUGCAAUUUUAUAAUUGUUCUCUCUCAUACGUACAAUAUUCGUUCCAUGUGAGGUGGUUACAAAUCGCUUGAAAUUAGAGAGAAACACACCUACUCCAUGCGUAUAUGAGGAAGCAUUGUUUCUACGUUUAUAUCAUCAAAUACAGCAACAUUCUCUAUCACAAACCCCCUUCAUUAUUCUUAGCUUCUUUUUUCUCUGGUUUUGAACUUAAAAAGAAAAAAAAUGAGCAAAUCAGCCUUAGCCAUUUCUACUGUUUUUCUAGGAUUAUGUAUCCUAAACAUUAAUGUUGAUGCAUUUGUGGCUUCUGGAUGGCAGAAGGCUCAUGCCACUUUCUACGGUGGUAGUGACGCUUCUGGAACUAUGGCCGGAGCAUGUGGGUAUGGGAACUUGUACUCCACUGGCUAUGGGACUAGCACCGCGGCUCUAAGUACUGCAUUGUUCAACAAUGGUGCCGCAUGUGGGCAAUGCUACAGGAUCAUGUGUGACUAUAACACGGAUCCCACGUGGUGCAGGAAAGGAGCCUCGGUCACUAUUACUGCAACUAAUUUCUGCCCUCCAAAUUAUGCACUGCCUAACAAUGCUGGAGGUUGGUGUAAUCCUCCUCGCCAACACUUUGACAUGGCCCAACCUAUUUGGGAGAAGAUUGGCAUUUACAGAGGUGGAAUCAUUCCUGUCAUUUUCCAAAGGGUUCCUUGCAUUAAGCAAGGAGGAGUGAGAUUCACUAUCAAUGGAAGGGACUACUUUGAGCUUGUAUUGAUAAGCAAUGUAGGUGGAGCGGGAUCAAUCCAAUCUGUUUUGAUCAAGGGAUCGAAAACCAACUGGAUGGCGAUGUCUAGAAAUUGGGGGGCUAAUUGGCAGUCUUUAGCUUACCUUAAUGGACAAUCUCUGUCCUUUAGAGUUACUACUACUGAUGGCCAAACUCAAACAUUUAACAACGUUAUUCCUGCUAAUUGGAGAUUUGGACAGACAUUUACGAGUAGUAUACAGUUCAAGUAACAAUAUGGAGCGCGUUUGCAUUAUAAUGUUACCGUUUGGGUUUAAGCCAGGACUAAGGUUCGUUGGCAGAGGUGUGCUCAAUGCUUGUUUUUUCCCAUUGUAGCAACCCGCCAACUCUUAUUAUUUGGCUAAAUCAAGAGAGUAACUAGGAAUUAUGUAGUUACUUUCACAUAUAUUACGUAUAUGUUUUACAACAUAGUUUGGUUUUGUUUUGUGUAGUUGUUGGGCAAAGAAUUUAUUUGUAUUUGAAUUCAAGAUCUCGUCUAU